ACAAUUGUUAACUUGUCACUCGCCAUCGCCUGGUUUCGUCGCAAACACGUAGAACAGGAGCAUCGCCAACGGUUCCGCCCGGCCGACCGAUCGCGAAGAAUGGUGGCGGAUCUUGCUCAACUCGACUUUCAGAUCGCUGCGUGCUCCGGGUAUGAUGAGGAAUGCCCGCCAGAACAGCUUCUGUUGAAACACCAUGGGCCGUUGGUGAAGGGCUGGCAGAGCGAAAGGUUUUGCAACUGGCCGCAAGCCCUUGUCCUGCGAUUUUCAGCUGGAAAUAGCCGAAUACGAAAGAUAGAAAUACUCGUACAUCAUUUCAAGAUACCUACACGACUAGAAUUUUUUAUGGGAAGAACGGUGACUGGGGAUGAAUUGCCUGCAGAGAGUAAUCUUGCAUUGGAGGGUGAAAGACGGCUGGAUGAUGGGAAUCCUACAGUCGAUUUCGUGCGGUUGGGAUACGUCUCUUUGAAUGACGGUGUGCAGAUCGGGUUCAAAGCACGAGAGCUCAAAUCGGUUCAUAUUGAUGCGGAGGGAGAGUACUUAAAGAUUUUGGUACACAAAUGUUAUGUCAACCCUUUGAAUCUGUACAAUCAGGUCGGAAUUAUAGGUGUCAACGUCUUUGGUGAGCCGCAGAAUGUAGAUCACAUGUUGAAAACACUUAGUUCCCAUCAACAAGCUUUGCUUGGAUUGGAUCCAUUGACUGAUGCAGAUUUGGUUGUCCCACGCGACAACGCCAAUGCUGCCUUCUGGGGUCUGGUGAAUGAAACCGCAACGAACCGACGGAUACCACCUGAAAAGGAUCUGGCGUUCGAAAUCUAUCACGAUGAUGAAGUGAUGAAGAUUAUAUCAGGUGUCGCUAAGGCAAAAGAUGCGGCGGUGAAAGAGGAGCGGUUUGCAGAUGCGAAGAUGCUCAAGAGUUUAUUGGAUAAAUGCAAAACCGCAGGGGAAGAAGUUGCGAAACUCCAGGUCACCAAAUCACGGGCUGUGCAGGUGGAGGAUUACGAUACCGCAGCGGAAAUGAAGGCGGACAUUGAUGCUGUGAAGCGAGCAUUGGCUCACGAACUCGAUCGAGCCGGACUUGACGUGAAGACUGAUGGAUCAGUUGUCCGGAAGGAAGAAGAGAAUAAGACCCAAGAACCGUCGCGAAACCAGACCCGACCUGCCGUUGCAGAGACGUCGUUACCUCCAUCCCCACCAUCCUCCAAAACCGCAUCACCCCCCAAACCCGACAUAUCAGCACCAUCUCCCCGAAGAGUUCCGCCGGUACUUCAAUUACCUAUUGCUCCAUCACCCCCAGUCAUCACACCUACCCCAGCACCGGCGAGACCUCCAUCGCCCCUAGUACCCACAGUGGCACGGGAGUCACCACGCUCUAAUGGAUUACCGUCACCUUCUUCUCGACUGAAGGAUUCAUCUCAGCUUCCGCCGGAAAGAUCGACAUCCCUUUCUGACAAAUCCCUUCUACGUCCCCGACCAGCACCAUUGGAAAUCUCCGUCGUCCCGAAUCCGCGGGAUAUAGAUGUCGUGUCGCCACCGGCGUCGAUCUCCGAACCACCGGCGAAACGGCCACCACUUCCCAGAUCUCCGGCGGCACAUGCUAAUGAUCGCGCGGAUAAAGAUCCUAUACCUCCACCACGACCGACGUCUCCACCUGUCCCGGCGCUCCUGCGUGCUUCUCACAGAAUUCCUUUUGAGGACGAUCCGUCUCCGUCUGACCUCCAAGUUCAAUCUAGCCUUCCGAUAACCAAACCCCCGCCCAAGAAACGCUCUCCUGUCAAAUCGAAACCGCCGGAAAGACCGCCAUCACCUCCCGUUCCAGCGCAUAAAUCACAACAACAACAACAAGCUCCGAUAUCUCCACGGUCGGACCCGGUUCUAGCGGAAUCCAUAUUACCGCCUGGCUUCGACCCGCCAGAACCGAUACCGGAUCAUUUGGCCGCCGACUUUGCAUUGCCCAUUGAUGCAUUUGGGCCUCUUUUGAUUCGGUGCCUGUUGGGACGGCAGUUUGGAUUAAGGGAGUGGGCAAUGGGGGAGAUGAUCGGAAAGGUGGAGGAGCGAGGGAAAGGAACGGGGAAGGGCGACCAUACAAUGGACAUCAACAGCUUUGUGGAUGCCGGUUAUCAGAUUGUGCAGAGCUCGUUAGAUGAUAGUAGAGAAAAGGCGAUUACAGGGGCAGUUUCAUUACUGGAGAAGGUACAUGUGCUAUGUACAAACCAGCGAGUGCCGCCCGCUGUCAGUUUUCGUCACUUUGAUACCAUUGUUCCAUUACUACUUGUAAAAGCGGGCGAUAUGAACCCGCGAGUGAAACAGGCAUGUUCGGACAUGAUUGUCACACUCGCCAAAUCGUACAAUGAAGCGCCUUUUAGUAUUUAUCCCUACGCUCUAAGACCGCCCGAAAGCAAGAAGGGCGCCACUCCCCAUUGGAAGGUCUUUAAAGGACGGUUGGAUGUGUUGCAUCGACUCAUUGAUGAACGUGGAUUGGAUGAUAAUGAAGGACGCGGAAAAUCGCGGGGCGCGUCAUUGCAGAGUAUAAUGGACUUUACCGAACCUCAACUGCACCAUACGAAUGUUGAGGUUCGAGAAGCGGCGGUUCGGGUGGUAGUGGAUUUAAUGAAGGCGUCUGGGGAAGACGCUAUUGCACCUUAUUUGAAGAAAGUAAAACCACAGCUGAUGGACAGUAUUCGGAGCAAGCUUGCGGAAGCAAAAGGAACGCCUGUUAAACGGGUGCAGAAGGCUCGACCAGCGCGUCCAUGGGAGCGAAGCCCAUCAAAGCCUGCCGGGCCAGCAGCACCAGAGGAAGGUGCGGAGGAGGUCAAGAAAUUGCAGAAUGAGCUGAAAGCGCUUAGGCAAAUGGCGGACUCUCCUCCUGUACAAUCGAAAGUCAAGGGCGGUGACAAAAAGAGGGUCACGUCUACAUCUUCGAAUGGAUCUACGGGAGGAAAGCUUGGGAAUGGAGGACAUGGGGAGAAGAAGGGAAUUCGGUCAGACGAUAAGAUGCGAAAGUCAAGAUCGGUGGAUGGUGUAGAGGGACUUGCGAAUUCCCUGAAAUCAGAACGGAGAGUAGGGAAAACGGCGUCUGUUCCACCACCUGCAAGAGAUGCACCAAAAACGAAACCGGACGGAAAGUCCAAGGCUCGCGAACCGCCUGCACCAGCCCCAUCCCACAAAAACGAUGAGUUGUAUUCCAACAACUGGAAUAUAGAUCGGACAUGUAUCUUUUGCGAAGAGCAAGAUGAAGGUUUCACAGAAGAGAAUCUUGAUAUGCAUUAUUGGAGAGAUUGUCCCGUUUUGACAAAUUGUCCCUUGUGCAAGUUGAUUGUGGAAAUACCAAUGUUGACGGACCAUUUGCUAAAGGACUGUGAUAGAAAAAAGGACGUGCGACAAUGUCCAAGGUGUAAGGAAGCAUUCAAGGCUGUAGACUUUGCGGCUCAUGUUGCCAAAAAAUCCUGCCGAGUGCUGAACCAUAAUCCCGAUCUGGCAAGAUGUCCCAUGUGUCAUCAGGACGUGCCCGGUGACGAGGAAGGCUGGCGACAGCAUUUGGUGACGGGUACUGGAUGUCCUGGCAGCGAACGAAAACCAAAAGAUCCGAGUCAUUAUCCUGCCUUUAGUACCAUGCUCCCUGAUCUAAAUAGCGAUGUACUAUCGUCAGGCGGUUUGACCAGAUCUCUACAAAUCCCCUUGUCUGAACCAGAGACAAAAUCCGGAGCGUCUCCCGUGUCACCAAGACCUACGGACACGACACCACCACCAAAGAAAGGUUUAUUCAAAAGAGCACCAAAAAAGGAACAACUCUCGGUAUCCAAAAGCCUGUCUACCCCGGUCAGCAAUCUGAAAUCCCGCGGUGGGCUGGUGGGAAGUGUUAAAUCGACAGUACGGAGGAGCUUACUACCGCGAGCGAGUGUUGAGGAUCGAAGUAAGGAGAAAGGGAAGGGCUUAUCUAUGGCCCGGUAAAUACAGAUGCAUCUGGAACUCGAUUACCCUGACGCUUGACGAAAAUAUGUACAUACCAUGUUGUUAGCUCUUGCUUAAUAGUCGUAGAGGGCUAUUGUUGUUGUAUGUUUUUUUUUGUUUCCUAGUGUAUAGUUUUAUUGUAUAGUGCUCUGAUAAUGUGCUGCCAUCCAAGGAUAGAUAUCAACGUUGUGUGGACGUGAUGUUAGUCUUGUGUUCUAGGCAAGGUUCACCGAACAGUACAUUGCAUAGAGAGGAUAAUGGAUUCCCAGAAUGUUUGUCGA